AUGCAUACUUCAAACCUUCUGAUAGGAAUUUCAUUCCUCUCCACCCUCAUUACUGCAGUCCCUUUCUCUGUUGAUAACAGCUUCCUAUCUGCUGUAACAGCAACCGAUACAGGUCCAUUGCUAGCGAUCCAGACCGCUGCUCAUGGCUCACUUUCCAAUAUCGCUCCCCCUCCCGCGCUAGCCGGAGGAAGCGACAGCCUCACCAAUUUCAAACUUGUCGCCUUUAACGAGAACAUGGAAGUUGCAUUUUUCGAAGAACUCGUCUUCAAUAUCUCGAACCAUGUCGCAGGAUAUACAUUCGAUAACCAAGGUAGUAAAGAUGAGGCACUUACAAAUCUUAAUGCAAUCGUCGCACAAGAAAAAUUGCAUUCAUUAAAUGCAGAGAAAGCCAUCGUUCGAUUCACCAACGACACCAAUGCCAUCAUCCAACCAUGCACCUACAACUUUGCAGCCACCAAUUUCCAGGAAGCAAUAGCUACAGCAUCUCUCUUCACGGAUGUGGUCAUGGGUACACUAGGCGAUAUCCAAACAGUUUUCGCCACAAAUGAUGAUUCUGGAUUUAUCCGUGGGGUCGCAGCAACACUUGGACAAGAAGGCGAACAAAAUGGUUAUUUCCGCCAAAUUCUGCAUAAAAUUCCAUCGUCUCUUCCCUUUUUGACACCAAGUACAAGGGAUUUCGCUUUUAGUGCUUUGAAUCAAAACUUUGUUGUCGAAGGAAGUUGUCCAAAUAGCAAUACCAUUCCUCUCAAGGUCUUUCAAAAGCUCACUGCUACGCAACCUGAUAGCAUCGAUGCUAAUUCCGUAAUUACCUUCACAUUCCAGCUUAAUGCAAAUCAGGACUAUAAUACCACUUGGGGAGAAAAGUGCAAAGGUCUUUCACUUGUGUACAUCAAUCAACAGAACAAACCUGUAACUCAACCAUUCGAAAGCAUCAGUUUAAAGGAAGAUGGAAAGACGGUUGUUAUUACCGCAAAAUUCCAAUUUGAUGCAGGUGCUGCGAAUGGGACUACUGGAAAUGGUCUAACCUUGGCUGCUUUGGCCGUUGGAGAUGAUUUUGCGAAUAUUUCGGACGUUUCAGCUAAAGCUGUUUUUGGACCGGCGCCGAUUGAGGUUAAUUGA